GGCUGGAGGGCUGGUCCCACAGUGAGCUACAGCCCUGCCCGCUGGCCGUGGGAGAGGCUUAAAACAAACGCCGGAAGCAACUCCCAGCCCCAUAAAGAUCUGUGACCGGCAGCCCCAGACCUGCCUGCCUUCCUGACUUCUGUUCCAGAGCAAAGGUCAUUCAGCCGCUUGAAUCAGCCUUUUCCCCCCACCCGGUCCCCAACUUUGUUUACCCGAUAAGGAAGGUCAGCAUUCAAAGUCAAGAAGCGCCAUUUAUCUUCCCCUGCGCUCUACAAAUAGUUCCGUGAGAAAGAUGGCCGGGAACUCGAUCCUGCUGGCUGCUGUCUCUAUUCUCUCGGCCUGUCAGCAAAGUUAUUUUGCUUUGCAAGUUGGAAAGGCAAGAUUAAAAUACAAAGUUACGCCCCCAGCAGUCACUGGGUCACCAGAGUUUGAGAGAGUAUUUCGGGCACAACAAAACUGUGUGGAGUUUUAUCCUAUAUUCAUAAUUACAUUGUGGAUGGCUGGGUGGUAUUUCAACCAAGUUUUUGCUACUUGUCUGGGUCUGGUGUACAUAUAUGGCCGUCACCUAUACUUCUGGGGAUAUUCAGAAGCUGCUAAAAAACGGAUCACUGGUUUCCGACUGAGUCUGGGGAUUUUGGCCUUGUUGACCCUCCUAGGUGCCCUGGGAAUUGCAAACAGCUUUCUGGAUGAAUAUCUGGACCUCAAUAUUGCCAAGAAACUGAGGCGGCAAUUCUAACUUUUUCUCUUCCCUUUAAUGCUUGCAGAAGCUGUUCCCACCAUGAAGGUAAUAUGGUAUCAUUUGUUAAAUAAAAAUAAAUAAAGUCUUUA